GCUGCUGUUUCUCCCCGGUCACAAAAAGCAAACGGACUGUUUUGCUGCUAUAGGUAGAAUACGCGACGAAGUUAAGUGGGCGUUAUUUUAUGAUAUUAUAAGUGCAUAUUAUUUUCGACCAUGAGUUCAGACGCACUUUUGUUGUUAGAAACGGUCAAUUUUGCUGCAGAGAAACAUCGUAACCAGCGACGUAAAGAUGUGGACAGUACGCCUUACAUUAACCACCCCAUCGGUGUUGCACAAAUCCUGAGCCAUGAAGGUGGCAUUACAGACAUUGAGGUUUUGCAGGCUGCUUUGCUUCAUGACACAGUGGAGGACACAGACACAACUUUUGCAGAGCUGGAAGCCAAGUUUGGACAAACCGUAGCUCGCAUUGUUAGUGAAGUGACUGAUGACAAAAGUCUACCCAAACAGGAGAGGAAACGUCUGCAGGUGGACCACGCUCCUCACUCCAGCAACCAGGCUAAACUUGUCAAACUGGCUGAUAAAUUAUACAACCUGAGGGACUUGAACCGCUGCACACCAGUUGGUUGGACAGCUCAGCGAACCCAGGAGUACUUUGUGUGGGCUUCAGAAGUGGUGAAAGGCCUGAGAGGAACCAAUCUAGUCCUGGAGGAGAAGUUGGAGGAGCUUUUCAGACAGAGAGGAAUCCAGCUCUGACAACAUCACUAUAAUACUGUUUACAUUAUACAUGAAAUCCAUAAUGUAAUGGUAUUACAUUAAAGAGUCUCUGUGUAUUUAAAAAGAAAAGAUACAAAUGAAAAACAUGUUGUUAUUUGUAAACUGAUGCACUUAAAUAAAACUGGUGUUCUCACAUAC